UGUUAAGAUGCGGGUGUUUAUGGCAGAAGAUAAUCUUUGUGCACAAAAUCUGUUGAAAUUGGUUUCCCACGGAAAUGCUAUCAUAGCAGAAAUCCUGAGGUUGAAAGACCACAAGCCUGUGGAAUAUUCAUUGGGCAACAAAGACUUGCAACUGAAGUAUCAAGAUGUCAUCAUGGACUUCAGCUACUUCAAAAUUUCUGAUGCACAAGAAAAGAAAAUUUCCUUGAAUUCAAAACUUCAAGACCUUGAUGAUGAUCUAAAAGAGAAAUAUCUAGAGCUAAUAACUCGUUUCUACCUCCUGUUUGAGAACAUCUAUCAAUAUAUAGUGGAUUUGAACUCCUUUGUUGAACAGUUGAAUGAAGGAAUCUUCAUACAACAGAACAUUGAAACUGUCAUGAGAGAUGUUGAGGGAAAGCAGUUAUUGUCUGAAUCUUUAUACUUAUAUGGUGCGAUGUUGCUAAUUUGCGAUCUCUUCAUUCCUGGCCCAAUCAGAGAGAGGUUAUUAGUAGCUUUUUAUAGAUACAGCACUAGUCAAUCACAGUCCAAUGUGGACGAUGUAUGCAAAUUGCUUCGCGAUACUGGUUAUGAUCAGCUACAUGGAAAAAGGCCCAAUGACUAUCCUGUGGAGUAUUUUAGUCGCGUUAGCAUUCGCCCAGACUUCGUAGAUAAAAUAAUAGGAAAAUUAAGAUCUGAAGAUAUUUACAACCAGUUGGCUAUAUAUACGAUUCCUGAACACCAAGCAUCCGCACUGGCGACACAAGCAAGCAUGCUCAUUGUAUGCCUGUUUUUUAUUCCACAUUGUCUACAUACAGAUACAUCAAAAAUGCGAGAGAUUGUAGACAAAUUUUUGCCUACUAACUGGAUCAUUCCAAUUUACAUGGGAGUUACAAUCAACAUAGUAGAUUAUUGGGAAAAUUUCAAAGCUGCUAAGCAAGCAAUCAGUAAUGUAUGCAACAGUAAGAUGGUCAAAGAAGUAUUUUCCAAGCGAGGAGAGUCUGUGCAAAUGCUUAUUAAUAAGACUCAUCAACUGUUGAAAGAAGGAACACUUAGUGAAGAUUUUGUGAUGGAUAAUAUUAACAAAAUUUUAAAUCUCCUCUUGAAUUCUAAUUUAGUCAUAAGAUGGUUGCUACUACAUAAUAGUGACGUCAUAUUCUUCGAUAACAAUAAGAGAAGCAAACAAUUGAAAGAAUUAGUUUUGAAGGAAUCAAACUAUGAUCCAGUAAAAUUACUGGAACUACUGAUAAGUACUGCUGAAUUAGAGUUGAAAGUUAGAGAAAUAUUAAACAAACUGCUAGAAAGCAGAAAUGAAGUGUGGAAUAGUAAUAAAGCUCUUGCUUUAGAAGGUGUAAACAGUCUUUCUGAACUAUUUUCUGGAGCUAAACCAGUAACCAAAGUCCAGGAAAAUGAACAACUGAAACUGUGGUUCGAUAACAUUGCAAAACAAAUAUCGUCUCUAAAUGAACCCAUUACAAGUAAAUCGAUAAAAAAGAUCACUCAACUUUUGCAAGCUUUGGACGAAGUUGAAGAAUUUCACGGAAUAAAAAGCACUUCUACUAUCGUACAGUUCCUCUGUGAAAGCAAAGAUGCGUUGAAGAAUUUACUAAGAGCCGCAUCUUUAAAAGAAGAUUUCUUGGUAACUUUGGAAACUAUAGCGGACGUUAGUUACGCGUGGUGUACUUUCGAUUUAUAUACGAAGUACAUGCAAGAUAGUAUCAAGGAAAAUCCAGCUAUAACAAGCAGGCUUAGGGCUCUCUUUUUAAAACUAGCCAGUGCUAUGGAAAUACCUUUGCUUAGAAUCAAUCAAGCUCACAGUGAUGACUUAGUUUCAGUCUCUCAAUACUAUAGUAAUGAGCUGAUUAAGUAUAUACAGAAAGUACUACAGAUAAUUCCAGAAAUGGUAUUUAGUAUAGUAGAGAAGAUUAUUGACUUGCAGACGUGGACAAUCAAGGAAGUUCCGACGAGAUUGGAGAAGGAUAAGUUAAGAGAGUUUGCACAGUUGGAUGAUAGAAUGGAAGUAGCUAGAUUAACGCAUUCUGCGUCCACGUUUACUACGGGAAUAUUGGACAUGAGGUCGACGUUAGUAGGAGUAAUAAGAGUAGAUCCAGCAGAAUUGUUAGAGGAAGGUCUGUUAAAGGAAUUAGACAAGCACAUAAGCAAGAAGUUCGUGGAGUUUUUAGAGCCGCAGCAAAAGAAAUCUGUAGCAGCGUCAAACAACUUACUGCCACGAUUGCAAAAAUUAGCAGAGAGUAUGGAUGGUUACAAAAGAUCUUUGGAAUAUAUUCAAGACUACAUUAAUAUUCACGGGUUGCGAAUUUGGCAGAAACAGGUCUCUACAAUAAUAAACGAAAGCGUCGCUAAAGAAAUUAGUUUACGUAAAGGAGUAACUCUGUACAGUCCUUCAGCUGGUUUUAUGGGCAGUCUUGCUAGACAGAUUGCGCUACUAACUGAUGCAAGGUCAUGCACUUACGUUAAUAUCUGCGCAGCGUGGUUUGAUGUUAAAACCCAAAAUGAAAUCGUUAACACUAAAACCUUCGCAAAACUGAAUGAAGCAAUUGGUGUCGUGGGUCUUCAUGGACUCGAUACUUUAUACGCCUUUAUGAUUAAAAAUCAAUUGCAAAAUGUCCAACAAGUUUUUCGCAGUGGUCAUGACAAGGUGAUAUUAAGAAAUUUGAAUAUUGAUGUGAAGGAUUUGGAGCAAGUCAUUGUUAAAAGCCACAAAACUAUGCAUCAACUAUCAGAAGCUACUGUUCUCAUCGGGAGUCUACAACUCUUGAGAAAGCAUAUUGCUUAUCAGUUGAACACGAGCUGCAAAUUUGACUCUGCACAUUUGGAAGCUUCAUUGAGAACAAUGAAUGAAGCCUUGAUAAAUGAAUUAAAAAAGUCAACCAAUUGUGAAGAGAAACCUAAGUUAUCAUCUGUGUUGAUGCACAAUUUGGAAGAAUAUUUAGUGCGAUGUGGCAUAUACGAGCCUUUUGAAAAGAUUUACGUUAAGAACGCACAGGAGUUCCUGAAUGCAGACAUGGGCCGAAUUAUGGCUGUGUUUUUAAUAUCUCAGUUGCCCAAGUUUCAGAUAUGUUACACCACAGGAGACCUGAUGACUAAAAAAGCUGGCGAAAAUAUAGAUGGGUAUCCACUUCUUGUGGGAGUUUACACAGUAUUGAGACAGUGUAAGACUGAAAAUAUCGAAAUGUUUGUCAACUUCCUGAGCAACUAUGCAAAAAUUGCUACACUUUCAAAAUCAAGGUCCUCAGAAGGAACAAAUGAAGGUGCUUUAAUCGUAAGGAUUUUGGAGCUCUUUUGCGAAACGUUCAAUGUGCCUUUUGGACAGAUGGAAGAUAAACUUCCUUUAGUUAUACUGACACACUCUGUACAAAAGUGAUAGUAAUAAACAAUAUAAAUAAUUGUAUUGUUCCCAAUGAAGUUCAUUGAUUAAUAAAACUAUACUGUAAAGGUCAUUACAAUGUAAUAUUAUGUGUAAACAUGAAUUAUAAUGUAAAUAAAAUCUAUGUUGU